CUUGAUUUCAUGCAGUACACUCUUGAAUAAGAGUCAGUGAUUCGUUUAAACAAAGGAAACAAAAAUCAAAUGAUUUUUGUUUUCACAUACACAUUCAAGUCACGACAACACUGGAUAAUCUAAGAAUAUAACCAGAUUAAGGAGCGGAUAAGGUAUGGAAGAAGAAAGUACGGAAACAAAAGAAAAAGGAGUUACGAGUAAGGCUUCGUCUAGAUCAGGGUCAAGGAGAAGUUCUAAAGCUGGACUUUCUAGUUCAAAAAGAAGUUCACCAAAAACAAAGAAGAGAACUACAUCACCUAAAACCAAGUCGUCCAAAGGUGUUGUGAAUGAGCCGGAUACUCCAGAGGAGAUAACCACUCCUGAGGGGGCAGAUGGAGGAGUUCCAGAGAUACAGCCACCCAUUGUGGCAAAAAAGGUGCAAACACCCCAGAAGCCAUCCGUGGUACAAAUGUUGAAGGAGAGAAUUAUGGUUACAAACUUAAAACCAUCUAUGUGGGAAGAAUCCCAUAAUUAUGCUAUGGAGAAAUUUAUAGAAGACCCAGGAUUACAGCUGAUGAUAGCUUAUAUGGACCAGUACAGAGGAUUUGUUAUAGAAUUUACCAUCCCAGGAUAUCCAAUAGAACAAAUGACAUACUUCAUUAAAUGUCAAUUUGUAACAAAGUUAACGGCAGAAAAUUUCCACAAGAUUUUUCGGUAUGGGUCACUUCAAGGACAACAUAUACAGAGUUUGUUAAGACUGAUGGAUGGAUUCUUUGCACCAGCUUUCUUUGAGAAUACUUCAUGGCCAGAUAGUAUACAGAAUGAGUUUGCCUCACACUUACAUAGAUUCCUAGCCAAGUUAACAGACACGAGAUGGAGAUUGGCUGAUAAAACUGUCCUGUAUGUACCAAUGGAGGGCCUUAAAACAUCUUCAGAGGAGGCAGCUAGAAAGACAGAAUAUAUACAGAGGUUGGAAGCUGCCAUGAUUCACUGGAUCAGACAAAUCAAGGAAGUUCUUGCUACCCAGAAUGCCUAUGAAAUUGUCGAGAACACUGGUCCCCUGCAUGAGAUAGAAUUCUGGAACAGAAGAUGUACCAACUUAACUGGUAUCAGUAAACAACUGGACAAGUCUGGUGUUAAGAAGGUUACAGAAAUUUUAACAUUUUCAAAAUCAUCAUAUAUAGAGCCAUUUCUCAAAGUAUCUGAACAGAUCAAGGAAGGAUCAAAGCAAGCAGAAAGUAAUUUGAAGUUUUUAAUGAUGCUGAAAGAUCCAUGCUAUGAGUUAUCUCAAUCCAAACCAGCAGACAUUCCUAAGUUGUUACCUAAAAUACUCCACUACAUCAGGAUCAUAUGGGUUAAUGCCCCUUACUAUACUUCAAGAGAGAGACUCACAUCAUUGUUUAAAAAGGUCAGUAAUGAGAUAAUUAGUAGAUGUAGAGCAGCUCUAGAUUUAGACAGGAUGUUUGAUGGCUAUGUACAGUCUGGUUUACUGACAUUACAACAGUGUAUUGACAGCUGUGAAGGAUGGAAAGAUCUUUAUGAAAAGACCUCCAAAAUGCAUCACAAGCUUUCUCCUGUGCCAUGGGUUCUUGAUAUGAGCAACAUUUUUGCUCAGGUAGAUGCCUUUGUUCAGAGAUGUAAAGAUUUGACUGAGGUGUGUAAUGCCCAGGUACACUUUGCCAGAAUGGAGGAUGGUAACAAGAGUGAGAUGCCACAGUUUGGUGGACAGAAAGGUCCAGAGGUAGCUAAAGGACUACUUGAAAUAGAGAAAACAUUUGAUAGGAUGCUGAGGAACCUUGGACUUGUCAAAAACAAGAUAUUGGAUGUUAAAGUGACUUCAUGGCAUGAUGAUUUUAACAGAUUUCGAGACAAUAUGAAGGAUCUAGAGGUAAUGAUGCAGAAUAUGAUGGACUCUGCAUUUGAAACUGUGAAAACAGUUGAGGGAGGUGUGGAAUUAUUGGAUAUUUUCUGUCACCUGUCACCAAGGGAGGCCAUUAAGAGGAUGAUUGAUAAGAAGACCAAGGAUGUAUUUAUAAUGUUUAAUGCAGAACUAAAUUCUGUCAAGCAGGAACUAUCUUCAAAACCAGAACUACAAAUGUCUGACCAUCCUAAAUAUGCUGGACUGGCUCUGUGGGCCAGACAUCUUAAGAAUAGAAUCCAAAGAAACAUGAAUUUGCUAUCAAAGUCCCAUUUCCUGCCAUUUACUGGGACUGGAGAAGAGGUUCGAGGUGCCUUUAUACAGUUGAAUCAGGCUUUAGAUGAGUAUAUGAGGAAAACCUUUCAUGAAUGGACCUUAAGUAUUGUUAGAGACCCAAUGAAGUUACUUGAUAUUCCCCUGAUGUGUAGAAGUACUGAGAGACCUCCAAUGUUAGAUAUCAAUUUUGAUAGGAGACUUGAGAAGAUUUUCCAGGAGGUACAUUACUGGGAGAGAUUAAAUUUUGAUAUUCCCCACUAUGUACGUAUGGCUUACAACAGAAGGGAAGAUCUCAGAAAUUUAAAAGAGCAUGUUCUCUUGGUUGUCAGAGAUUAUAACAGGAUCAUAGCAGCAUUGUCAUAUGAAGAAAGAGCCCUGUUUAGAGAGAGAAUAAGAUUCCUUGAUAAAAAGAUCCACGCUGGUUUGUCAAAACUAACUUGGGUGUCACAUGGUAUAUCAGAAUACUUUGUCUCUGAUUGUCGAAAUAAUGCCAGCAAAGUACAAGUAAUUGUUGAUGAUUACAAAGGAGCUAACACAGAGAUUGCUGAACAGUGUGUGAAAAUCAGUGAACUGUUAUUGAUCAAGAUUAUUCCGAAGAAAGUUUAUGAGAAAAUGGACUUUGAUUCUUAUCAAACCAAACACAGAGAGAUUGUUACAAAAAGAUUGACACAGAUACAUGAGAAUAUUGUCAGAACAAUGAAGAAAACCCAUGAAAUAUUCAGACUGGAUGGAAGUGAGGUACAGGUACACUGGCAUAAAUAUACAGAGAAAAUGGAUAAAAUGGUGGCAGAAGCUUUCAGACUAAAUGUGAAAUGGUCUCUACAGGAAUUGUCUAAAGCCAUAAAUGGAGAUGGCAAAAAUCCACCAAAUUCUUUGUUUAAAGUUAAAGUCCUGCUCAAGGAUAAGAAGGUUGAAUUUGAGCCUUCCCUAUCAGAACUAGCCUAUGCUGUAAGCAGUGAAUAUGGCUAUAUAACCGGUGCUUUAUCACAGAUACAGAGACUACCUAGUCUGUUGACACCAAAAGAAAGUGUAAAAGAGCCAAUCUAUGAAAUGAUAGCAAGAAGUGAAGAGGCCAGGAAGAUCCACAGUGUAAUUAAUACGGGAAUGCAGACUAAUGCCACUCACAUGCUUAACUAUAUAAAGACCUGGGACAACUAUCGUGAGAUCUGGGAAAUUGACAAGGGAAUGUUUAUACAACGCUAUCAGAACCUUGGUCCAGUUGUUUCAUCGUUUGACUCAGACAUUGCCAGAUACGAUGAAGUUGCCAAUAAUGUUGAGGCCCAUGAGACCAUAGAAAUCAUACAGUUUAUGAUGAUUGAUUGUUCUCCACUGAAGACAGCCAUCAUGAGCCACUGUCGAGAGUGGCAAACAAAAUUCACCCAACUGUUGAAGAAAAUGUCAACCACCAGUCUGAUGGAUCUUCAGGAUUAUCUAGUGGAAAAUGGAGAUAGAAUAAAUCAGCUACCCCAGACAUUAUCAGAAUUAGGUAUAAGUUUAAACUUAUGGGACAAAUUACAUAAUGAACUGGAAGAGACAGAGGAAAAGUUUGCACCACUGGCGGAACAAUUUCAGAUUCUGGAGAAAUAUCAAGUAUCUGUGGAAGAAAAGUAUCUGACCACACAAGAAAAACUAAAAGACGAGUGGAUUAUAUUCCAAGAGAGUUUGAAAGAGGCUGAAGGCAUGCUGAAGAAACAUAAGGAUAUAUUUAAAGCAGGAUUACUAGCUCAAUCUGAUGAGUUCAAGAAAAAAGUACAUUUCUUGUUAGAUAACUUUCAGAAGAAUGGACCGUUCACUAGUACUUUAGGAACAGGAGAAGCUUUAGAAAGUAUCAGUGUGGUACAGGAACAACUCAUGGCCUUCAAGAAAGCUCAACAAGAGAUAAGAGAUGGUCUUAAUAUCUUCAAAAUAGAUCAGCCACCAAAUAAAGAAAUAGCUUUUAUGGAGAAGGAUUUACAAUAUAUAGAAGAUAUCUGGUUAAUGAACAAAGAAUGGGAGACAUCGUGGGCUGAAUGGAAAGGUAACAAGUUUGAAGAUCUACAGACAGAGACCAUGGAAGCUACAGCUAUUGCUGAUCAUAAGAAACUAGUAAAGUACAGUAAACUGUUAGCAGAUAGGAAUUGGGAAGUUGUUGAGACUAGUAAAAAUCGUGUUGAUCAGUUCAGACGUACCAUGCCCCUGAUUAAUGACCUGAAAAAUACAGCCAUGAGAAAAAGACAUUGGGACAAAAUUCAGAAUGAGAUGGGGAAGGAUUUUGAUCAUAAAUCAAAUGAUUUUACUCUAGAGAAGAUUAUAGAGAUGGGAUUUGAUCAUUAUGCAGAACUAAUACAUGACAUAUCAGAGGCUGCCAACAAGGAGUUAGGCAUUGAGCAGGGACUCGAAGUAAUAGAAGCUGUAUGGAAUACAACAGAUCUUGAAAUUAUACCAUAUAAAGAUAGAGGUCACUAUAAGCUAGUGAGUGUUGAAAACGUUUUCCUUUGCUUAGAUGAAAAUCAGAUGCGGCUAUCAUCAAUGAAAGCCUCCAGAUUUAUCAAAGCUUUUGAAAUUGAUGUUGACAGAUGGGAGAAAAUUUUAUCAAAUAUAUUGGAGGUUAUAGAAAUUCUUCUACUGGUACAGAAAGAAUGGAUGUAUUUAGAGAAUAUUUUCCUUGGAGAAGAUAUACGUAAACAGCUACCAAGAGAAUCUUCUAACUUUGAUGAAGUCAAUGUGAAAUGGAAAGCUAUCAUGACCAGAAUGCAUGCUGAUAAAAAUGCAUUACGUUGUACACAUCAUCAAGGCUUGUUAGAUGAAUUGAAUGAAAUGAACAAGAAAUUAGAAAGUAUUCAGAAAUCCCUUGAGGCCUAUCUGGAAACAAAGCGUGGAGUUUUCCCAAGAUUUUACUUUAUUUCAAAUGAUGACUUGCUGGAAAUACUUGGACAGUCUAAGACACCAAACUCUGUUCAACCUCAUUUGAAGAAAUUGUUUGACAAUAUCAGUUUCCUGGACAUGAAAAAAGAGGGAAAACAUAUAAAGGCCAUAUCAAUGAACUCAGAAGAUGGAGAAAAAGUAGAGUUUAUCAAUACUGGGGUGUUUCUAGAUGGUCAAGUAGAGAACUGGUUAGGAGAUGUGGAAGCAGGUAUGGUUGAUACAUUGAUGGAAAGAUUGGUUGCUACUAAAUCUGCAUUGAAGAAAUCCAAGAAAGACAAAUGGCUGAAGGAACAUCCUGGGCAACUCUGUAUUGUUGCUAGUCAAAUACAGUGGACCAGUGAUACAGAAAAGGCCCUGAAACACGUCAGGAUUAGAGGAGACAAAAAGGCACUGAGGACAAUGAAGAAAAAACAGGUGACCUCAUUGAACAAGUACUCAGAAAUAAUACGGUCAAACUUGACAAAGAUCCAGAGACUGAAAGUUACUGCCCUUGUUACUAUAGAAGUUCAUGCUAGGGAUGUAAUAGAAAAGUUGGUAAAGUCGGGAUGUAAUGAUGAAAACGCAUUUGAGUGGCUCUGUCAUCUUAGAUAUUAUAUGGAGAAGGAUCAGACAGAUGAUGUUUGUGUCAUCAAACAGACCAAUACUGAUUUUAGAUAUGGCUGUGAAUAUCUCGACUCUAGACGUCUGGUCAUCACACCAUUGACUGACCGUUGCUACAUCACACUGACCACUGCACUACAUCUCCACAGAGGAGGCAGUCCUAAAGGUCCAGCUGGUACAGGGAAAACUGAGACUGUGAAGGAUUUAGGAAAAGCCUUAGGAAUGUAUGUGAUUGUUGUCAACUGUUCAGAAGGGCUAGAUUUCAGGUCCAUGGGAAGAAUGUUCUCUGGUUUAGCCCAGACAGGAGCAUGGGGAUGUUUUGAUGAGUUCAACCGUAUCAAUAUAGAAGUAUUGUCUGUGGUGGCACAACAGAUACUGUCAAUACUGAGUGCCCUGUCAUCAAGGGCCAAAAGAUUUACAUUUGAAAGAAGGGAAAUAACCCUCAUACCAACUUGUGGAAUAUUUAUCACAAUGAAUCCAGGUUAUGCGGGAAGAACCGAGCUUCCAGACAAUCUGAAGUCUAUGUUUCGACCUAUAGCUAUGGUUUCACCAGACUCUACACUGAUAGCAGAAAUUAUUCUGUUUGGUGAGGGUUUUAAUAACUGUAAAGGACUGGCCAGGAAAACAUACACACUCUACUCACUAGCAGAACAACAACUCUCUAAACAGGAUCAUUAUGACUUUGGAUUGAGAGCUUUGGUGUCUGUACUCAGAUAUGCUGGACCAAAACGAAGGACCUCUCCUAACCUAUCUGAUGAAGAGGUGUUAAUUUUGUCCAUGAAGGAUAUGAAUGCAGCAAAGCUAACAUCGGCUGACCUGCCAUUGUUUAAUGGAAUUAUAUCAGAUCUUUUCCCUGGGAUAGAAAUGCCAAGUGUCGAGCAUACUAUUAUGAAGAAUGCCAUUGUAGCACAACUGAAGAGUACAAGUUUGCAAGCUCAUACACAUUCCAUUAAAAAGGCAAUGCAGCUUUACGAGACAAAGUCAUCACGACACUCCGUCAUGAUAGUUGGAGGUACUCAAUCAGGGAAGACAAUAGCCUGGAAGACAUUACAGGGGGCGCUCAUAUCACUCUUUAAAAAGGGGGAUGAAAACUUCCAAAAUGUUAAGGUAUUUCCCCUGAAUGCCAAGGCUUUAUCUCUUGGAGAACUGUAUGGAGAGUUUGAGUUUAGUACCAAUGAAUGGACAGAUGGAAUAUUAUCAAGUAUUAUGAGAAAUGCUUGUACUGAUAAGAAACCAGAUGAGAGGUGGAUUUUAUUUGAUGGCCCUGUGGAUACACUAUGGAUUGAGAGUAUGAACUCUGUGAUGGAUGAUAAUAAGAUUCUGACUCUGAUUAAUGGAGAGAGAAUUUCACUUCCUGAUCAAGUGUCCUUGUUGUUUGAAGUUGGAGAUUUAUCAGUUGCCUCCCCUGCCACUGUAUCUAGAUGUGGUAUGGUGUAUGCUGAUUAUGAAGACUUAAAGUGGCUGCCAUAUGUUGAGAGUUGGCUACUUACUAAAAAGGAAAAUGAGGUAUUGGUUGAAGAACUGAAGAAAAUGUUUGAUAAGUACCUUGUAAAGAUUUUGACCUUCAAAAGGUACUACUGCCAAGAUCUGAUUUCUAUUGCUCCCAUGAAUGGAGUUAGGUCCCUUUGUAAACUGUUUGAUGCCUUAGCAACACCGGAAAAUGGUGUAGAUCAAACUGACCAAUCAGAAGAAAGCCUUGCCCGGAUAAUAGAGUUAUGGUUCUUGUUCUGUAUGAUUUGGUCUAUUGGUGCCUCUGUUGAUGAAGAUGGAAGGAAGAGAUUGGAUAAUUUUAUUCGGGAAAUUGAAGGAACUUUUCCAAAUAGAGAUACAAUUUAUGAGUAUUAUGUUGAACCAAAAGGAAAAUCUUGGAUACAUUGGGAUGAACAACUGAAAGCUGGAUGGAAAUAUGAUCCAAGUAUGCCAUUCUACAAGAUUAUUGUACCUACAGUAGAUACAGUGAGGUACCAGUACCUUGUGUCUACCUUGAUUGACUCAUUUAAUCCUGUGUUACUUGUGGGACCAGUUGGAACAGGGAAGACAUCAGUGGCAAACAAAACAUUAAGGAAGAGUGAUCAGAAGUCAAAUUCUGUCCUUACCAUCAACAUGUCUGCUCAUACCACAUCCAACCAAGUACAAGAAAUUAUAGAGAGUAGAGUAGAGAAGAGGACAAAAGGAGUGUAUGUACCGAUCGGUGGUAAGAAACUUCUUACAUUCAUGGAUGAUUUUAACAUGCCAGCCAAAGAUUCUUUUGGAUCACAGCCCCCUUUGGAGUUGAUGAGAUUGUGGUUAGAUUAUGGAUUCUGGUAUGACAGAGAGAAGCAAAUACAGAAAGAAAUCAGGGAGAUGUUCUUGAUAGCAGCAAUGGGUUCCCCUGGUGGUGGAAGACAAGUUAUCUGCCCACGUUUACAAAGUAGAUUUAAUCUGAUCAACAUGACUUUCCCUCAGGAUAAUCAGAUCCUAGUGAUCUUUGGAGGGAUGUUUAAUCAGAAAUUACAGGAAUUUGAGGAAGAUAUAAAACCAAUAGGAGAUAUUAUUACCAAGGCAACAAUAGAAGUGUAUUUUGCUGUUCAGCAGAAAUUCAAACCAACCCCUUCCAGAAUGCAUUACUUGUUUAAUCUGAGAGAUAUUUCAAAGGUGUUCCAAGGAAUGUUAAGAGCACACAAACAUGUACAUGAUACCAAGAAUGCUAUGAUCAGAUUGUGGAUACACGAAUGUUUUAGGGUAUUUUCAGACAGAUUGGUUGAUACCAAUGACUAUGAAUGUUUUGUUGCCAUAUUAACAGAAAAGUUAGCAUCUUUGUUUGAUCAGACUUUCCACAACUUAUGUCCAAAUAAACAACCUCCUGUAUUUGGUGAUUUUCUGAAUGAAGAAAGGAGAUAUGAAGACAUAACAGAUAUUGGAAAAAUUAGGGAUCACCUAAAUGGUGUUCUAAAGAUGUAUAACAACACACCAGGGGCCAUCAAUAUGGACCUAGUUAUGUUCAGGGAUGCCAUAGAACAUGUGGUAAAGAUAGUUCGAGUGAUACGUCAACCAUGUGGUAACAUGCUACUUGUGGGGAUUGGAGGAAGUGGACAUAAAAGUUUGACUAGACUGGCUUCAUUCAUGUGUGGUAUGUCAGCUUUUGAGAUUGAGAUUAGUAAACUGUACAGGAGAAAUGAAUUCAAAGAUGAUUUAAAGAGACUGUACUGGCAAACUGGAGUUCUAAACAAACCCACAGUGUUUAUUUUUAGCGACAGUCAAGUGGUAGAGGAGGAAUUCUUAGAGGAUGUUAAUAACAUCUUAAGUAGUGGAGAAAUACCAAGUUUAUAUAAUGAGGAGGAGUUUGAGGAGGUCAGAAAUGAAUUGUUAGAAGUUGCACAAAAUGAGGGAAUUGAGGAUACUCAACAAAGUGUGUUCUCAUUCCUUAUUGGACGUGUGCGAUCUAAUUUACACGUAGUUUUGUGUAUGAGCCCAGUUGGAGAACCAUUCAGAAAUCGUGUGAGAAAGUUCCCAGCUUUUGUGAACUGUACUACAAUUGACUGGUUCAGUGAAUGGCCAAUAGAUGCCCUAAAUGAAGUAGCUGACAAGUACUUACAAGAUGUUUCUCUUGACAUGGACAAAGAGGACAAGAUUAAGCCAUACUUGGUGAAGAUGUUCUCAGUGAUGCAUAAAUCUGUCACUGACCUUUCACAUAAAAUGUUAUUAGAGAUGAAACGACAUAACUAUGUUACACCUACUAACUAUCUAGAAUUUGUGACUGGAUACAAGAAGUUGUUGUAUUCCAAGAGAAAAGAAUUAGGUGACCAGGCCAACAAACUAAAGAAUGGUUUGAGUAAGAUAGACGAGACACGAGCAAAGGUGAAAAAUAUGACUGAGGAGUUAGAAGAUGCUAGAGUUAAAGUUAUUCAGUAUCAGAAAACUUGUGACGAGUACCUCAUUAAUAUUGUACAACAGAAAAGGGACGCUGAUGAACAACAGAAGACUGUAACUAUUAAAAGUGAAAGAAUAGGUGAAGAAGAGGCUAAAUGUAAACAUAUGGCUGACAUAGCUCAGCAUGAUCUGGAUGAAGCUAUGCCUGCUCUAAAGGAAGCUAUAGAGGCACUUGAUUCAUUGAACAAGAAUGAUAUAACUGAGAUCAGGUCUUAUGGUAGACCCCCAGCACAAGUGGAGAAGGUUAUGGAAGCUGUCAUGAUCCUCAGAGGCAAUGAGCCUACCUGGUCUGAAGCAAAGAAACAGCUUGGUGAUAACAAUUUCAUCAACAAAUUAGUGGCCUAUGACAAAGACAAUAUAUCAGACAAAAUGUUAAAGAAAAUCAGCAGCAAUUAUGUCAACCAGAGUGACUUUCGUCCAGAGAUCGUAGGUCGGGUAUCUUUGGCAGCCAAGUCCCUCUGUCUAUGGGUCAGAGCCAUGGAACUGUAUGGUCGUGUUUACAGGGUAGUCCAACCUAAACAACAGAGGCUGAAUGUGGCCAUGAAACAGUUGCAAGAAAAACAAGAUGCUCUUGCCGAGGCUCAACAGAAAUUGGCAGAGGUUAAAGCUAAAAUGGAGGAAUUGAAGAGAGUUUAUGAUGAGAAGUUGGAACAGAAAGAAGAUCUAAAGAGAAAGGCAGAUUAUACAGAAAUGAUGUUAGAAAGAGCUGCUAAACUUGUAGAGGGACUGGCUGAAGAAAGAGUCAGAUGGGAAGCAACUGUUCAGAAUUUGAAAGAAAAGAUAAGUACUCUACCAGGAGACUGCAUGCUAGCUGCUGCCUUCCUGUCAUACAUGGGUCCAUUCUUAUCCAACUACAGAGAGAAAGUUGUCAAAAAAUUAUGGAUUCCUCAGAUUGCCAAACUAGGAAUUCCAUGUACACCAACAUUUGAAUUCAGUGAGUUCAUGGCACGACCAACACAAGUAAGAGAAUGGAAUAUUCAAGGUUUACCAAGUGACAGCUUCUCUACAGAGAACGGUGUUAUAGUAACAACUGGUAGUAGAUGGCCACUGAUGGUGGAUCCUCAAGGACAGGCAAUCAAAUGGAUCAAGAACAAAGAAGCAGAAAUGGGAUUAAAAGUGAUAGAUUUUCAGCAGGCAGACUAUAUGAAAUAUCUAGAGAGUGGGAUACACUUUGGAACACCUGUUUUACUACAAAAUGUCCGAGAAAAACUGGAGCCAUCACUGGAUCCUAUACUAAACAAAUCAUUGAUUAAAAAAGGUGGUGUCACUUGUAUUAAAGUUGGUGAUAAAGAGAUAGAGUACAACUCUGAUUUCAGAUUCUACAUCACAACAAAACUUGGUAACCCCCACUAUAUGCCAGAUAUAUCUACCAAAACUACCAUUGUCAACUUUGCUGUUAAAGAGCAAGGAUUACAAGCUCAGUUUCUUGGUAUUGUGGUAAAGAAAGAGAAAGCAGAACUAGAGGAAACUAAAGAUCAACUUGUGAAAAGUAUUGCCAGUGGAAAGAAAAAGUUAGAAGAAUGUGAAGAUGAAAUUCUCAGACUUUUAAAUGAGACGAAAGGGUCUUUAUUAGACGAUGAACAGUUAGUUAACACAUUACAGACAUCUAAAAUGACUUCACAGGAGGUGUCAGAGAAACUCCAGAUAUCUGAACAAACUGAACAUAAAAUUGAUGCUGCUAGAGAGGGCUACAGAUCAUGUGCCCAGAGAGCGGCUAUUUUGUUUUUUGUCUUGAACGACAUGGGACUGAUUGAUCCAAUGUACCAGUUUUCUUUGGAUUCCUACAUUGAAUUAUUCUUACAGUCAAUAGACAGAAGCCAGAAAAGUCAAAAGCUUGAUGAAAGAAUUGUCAAUUUAAAUGAAUACCACACUUAUGCUGUUUACAAAUAUGCCUGUAGAGGAUUGUUUGAGAGACACAAACUGCUAAUGUCAUUUCAAAUGUGUGUGAAGAUUUUAGAAGCAGCUAAUAAAAUCAACAUGGAUGAGUACAGUUUUUUCCUUCAUGGUGGCAUUGUUAUAGAUAGGGACAGUCAAAUAGAUAAUCCUUGCUCUAACUGGUUAUCAGACACAGCCUGGGAUAACAUUACAGAGUUAGACAAACUUACUAACUUCCAUGGAGUUAUUACAUCCUUUGAACAAUAUCCAAAAGAUUGGCACACAUGGUACUCUUCUGCAGAACCUGAAAUAUCACCCCUACCUGGAGAAUGGGACAAUGCAUGUAAUGAAUUACAGAAAAUGUUAUUUGUUCGAUCCUUGAGACCAGACCGUGUGUCAUUCUGUUGUACAACAUUUAUUUUGAACCAUCUUGGUGUAAAGUUCACGGAGCCACCAGCCCUAGAUAUGUCCCAAGUUAUUGAAGAUUGUAAUUGCAAAACUCCGCUGAUAUUCGUUCUGUCUCAUGGGGCAGACCCAACAAAUCACCUUCUACAGCUUGCUGAAUCUAAAGGUCUAGCCAACAACUUCAAUGCCCUGUCUUUAGGACAAGGUCAAGCUCCGAUAGCAACCAGACUCAUCAAGGAAGGAAUUCGUGAGGGUAACUGGGUAUUUUUAGCUAACUGCCACCUAUCACUCAGCUGGAUGCCACAUCUCCAUAAGAUUAUAGAACAAUUCCAGACCCAGAAACCAGAGCCACAUCCAGAAUUCAGACUGUGGCUUAGUAGUAGUCCACAUCCAGAUUUCCCUAUAACCAUCCUACAGACUAGCCUUAAAAUGACAACAGAACCUCCUAAGGGUCUGAAAGCUAACUUGAAGAGAUUGUACACUAACAUUUCUGAAUCCCAGUUCCAGAGAUGUCCAAAACAAGACAAGUAUAAAAAGUUACUGUUUUCUCUGUGUUACUUCCAUUCCUUACUGUUAGAGAGAAAGAAGUUCCUCAUGCUGGGAUGGAAUAUUCUGUACGAGUUCAAUGAUUCCGAUUUUGAGGUAUCAGAGAACUUGAUGUGUAUAUAUCUAGAUCAUUAUGAGGAAACACCCUGGGAGGCAAUGAAAUUUUUAGUCGCUGGUAUAGUGUAUGGAGGUCAUGUAACCGAUGACUGGGAUCGACGCCUGUUGAUGACAUAUAUAAAUGAUUAUUUCCAAGAUGGAGUCAUAAGUACAUUAUUUUACCAACUGUCAUCUUUGCCAACUUAUUACAUACCUAAAGAUGGUCCUUUAGCUGUGUACAGAGAGUAUGUCAGUAUGUUACCAAGUGUGGAUCAUCCUGAGGCCUUUGGACAACAUUCUAAUGCUGACAUACAGUCACAGAUACAGGAAACUAAGAUGAUGUUUGCUACAUUGCUGAGUCUACAGCCCACGGUGUCCCUUGUAGGGAGUGGAGAAAGCAGAGAGGACAAGGUAUUAAACCUAGCUGCCAAUAUCUGUAAACAGAUCCCAGAUGAUAUAGACUAUGAAGGAACAGUAAAGAUUCUAGAGAUGGAUCACCGACCAAUCAACAUUGUAUUAUUACAGGAAAUUGAGAGAUACAAUACUUUAAUGGGAAUAAUAAGAACAGCAUUGACAAAUUUAGAGAAAGGAAUUCAAGGCUUAGUUGUCAUGACAAUGGAAUUAGAGAAUACAUUCCAGUGUAUAUUUGAUGGUAGAGUUCCACCCACUUGGCUAAAGGCUUACCCAUCACUUAAGCCGUUAGCUUCAUGGACCAGAGACCUUGUUGCCAGGGUAGAACAGUUUUCAAAAUGGUCCAAGAGAGCAAAUCCCCCAUUUAUAUACUGGAUACCAGGCUUUACUUUGCCUACUGGUUUCCUGACUGCUGUACUACAAACAUCAGCCAGACAAAACAAUGUGUCUAUUGAUACUUUGUCAUGGGAGUUCAGCAUUAUGACGGUCAGUGAUGAAAACAUUAUAGGACCACCAAAGGAUGGUGUCUAUGUGAAAGGUUUAUUCCUACAAGGAGCAGGUUGGGACAUGAAGAAUUCUUGUUUAGUAGAAGCCAAGCCUAUGGAGUUGGUAUGCCCUGUACCAACCAUUCAUUUCAAACCUGUGGAAAACAAGAAAAAGUCAGCAAAAGGAAUAUAUACAUGUCCAUGUUAUUACUACCCCAACAGAGCAGGGAGUGGAGAGAGGUCAUCCUUUAUUGUAGGGGUGGAUAUGAAAGCAGGAGAAAAAUCCCCUGAUCAUUGGGUAAAGAGAGGAACAGCUUUACUGAUGAGUUUAGACUAUUAAACAGAGUCACCAUAAAUAUACAGAUAAAAACUUAUUACUAAAAUUUAUUAGAGCCAUCUCUACACUGAAUCUAUGUAAAAUAUAAAAAAAAAUCAUAUAACAAGAAGUAACUGAUACAAUUUUACUGUUGUAAACUUAAGUUUGUGUCAUAUUAUAUAUUGGAACUAUUUAGUGCUUUUUAUGGACUGAAUUUAUUGUAUGUUUUUCUCAGCACUUUUCUUAUUCCAUUGAUCAAGAUAAUAAAGGAAUAGUUUUGAACUAUUUUUUCAUGUCAGAAUUAAAGUAGCCUUUUAUUUAUUUUAAAUGUGUCAUGAUUCUUGGUUAUUUAUGGCUAAAUUGACAUGUUAUAGGCACUUAUCUAUGAUUGAAUUCGUAUCAUAAUGUUUGGAUAUCUUUUUCAUUGGUAAUAGCUUAUGAAUAAUGGUUUGCAGUUGCAGUCUGAUUAACAUUUACUUCACAUAUUUUAAUCACAAUUUAUUUGCAUGACAUUUAAAAACUUAAUUACUAUUUUUAGAUUUUCUGUAAAAUAAAUAAUCAAGGGAAGAUGACAUGUUAGAUUUGUUAAACUUGAAAAUAAGGGAACUCAUUUCUGGAAAUGCAUGAUUAAUUGAAUUUGAAAGAUAAGGAAUAUUUUUUGUAAAAAUUAUCAUUAUUAUGAUAACCAAUUUCUUUCUUCAGGUAAUACAAGAAAUUAACCAGCUUGAUGUUUUUUCUCGCAAAUUUAUAUACUUGAACCUAUUAUUAUUGCAAAGGAAAUAAAAAUUUUCCCAGUUGGUGUUUAAAUUUUUGCAAAUUGAACUGUCACUUUAAAUAACUACAAUUUGUUCUCUGUGGUGUUCAUUCAAUGGGAACUUUGAAAAACAAAUCAUUCAUUAAGUGUAAAUUUUCAUUGAGUUGACUCCACAGAGAAUAAUAGCUACAGUUCACUUUGCCAAAAUGUAAAUGGCCAGGAAGACAACAACUGAUUCUGGGGAAAGCUUUUAUUUCCUUCGCAAUAAUCAAAUCCUGAAAGUGAGGACACUUAAUUGGGUUAGAUUCUGUUUUAUCAUAUUGUAAGUCCCCAAAAUAUAUAAUAAUGUCCUAAUAAAAAAAGAACACAUGUAUUAGUGUUAUGUGUAAGGCUAUAUCAUGUAGUCAUGCAAAUGUUAACAGCAAUAAUAUAAUUGAAUAUAAGCCAGUGUGGAAUUAUGUUAAGUCAGGUUCACAAAAUACUGAUAACUUGUGCAAAAAUUCUGUUUGUGUUUGCUUUUAAGUAUUUAUAUAAUAAAUAUUGUAAUGACAUAUGUCUUUAUUGGAAUUAUAUUUUUUUUUUUUUUUUUUUUAUUUUUAUAUGUUAAAUGAAUUGAUUUUUUAAUUGUACUCUGUGAGAGAAUAUUUUGUAUGUAUUUGCAUUCAUAUUCAUUAAAACACAUUAAACGCUAGUUAAAUAUAA